UCUCAGAUCUCCGAUCCGUGAGUUUUAAACAUGGCGGACGUCUGGGUUGGAGGUGAAAUUGGAGUUUUGAAAGGAGUUGAUCUCAAAAAGUCGUCAUUCACAAAUCACAGCGUUGGGGAAAAUUCAAGUAGAAACCAUGAAAUAUGUUCCAUGUCCUGGAAUGAUGACAAUGAAAAUCAGAUCCUAUUAGGAUCAGCAAAUGGUAUUGUCAAGACCUUUGAUGUAACAAAGAAGGAAUUUGUCAGUGAAUGGAGUCAUCCUGUGGGAAAAGGAAAGUUGAAAGGACUGUUCAAGUGGAACAGUGCCAUUGUUUCUUGUGUGGAUUCAGGAUUGUUGCAGAUAUGGAAAGAUCAUGAAAAUUCUAUAGACAUUAAAGUUGGAAGCCAUGUGUCUGCUGUGCGGCAAAACUCUCUGUGUCCAUCUCAAGUAGGGACAGGUGGACAGAAAAACGACUUGAAACUCUGGGACCUGAACAGACCUGGGGAGCCAACUUUCAGAGCUAAGAAUGUGCCAAAUGACUUCCUGGACCUUCAAGUUCCCAUCUGGGUGUGUGACCUUGGCUUUCUUCCCAGUCAAGGAUCACAUUCCAAGGUUGUAGUUGGAACAGGAUAUCAUCAGGUGCGACUCUAUGACACCAAGGCACAGCGACGUCCAGUACUUAGCUUUGACUUUGGAGAGUCUCCAAUCUCAGCAUUAGCUGUGACAGAUGAUGAAAAUGUUGUUAUUGUGGGGAAUACAGUUGGAACAAUGGGAAGCAUUGACCUGAGAAAGGGUCAACUUAAGGGUCAUUUUAAAGGUUUUGCAGGUGGAAUUCGCUGUAUUUCGUGUCUUGAUAAACAGCAAAUGGUAGUUUCUUGUGGACUCGAUAAGUUUCUUCGCGUUCAUCAUCUCCAUAAAAGAAAACUUCUUCAUAAGAUAUACUUGAAAUCUGUCCUUAAUUGCUUAUUGAUUUCAGCCAAGGAGAUAGAAAAACAGAAUACAAAACACACAGAUCGCGGUGAUACUGCCGACCUUUUGAAAAGAUCGUCUGAAAGAGCAGCACGAGGUGAAGACAGCGAAGACGAAGAUGACGACAUAUGGGACAAGAUGGAGGUUGUUACAACUGGCAGUAAAAGGAAAAGAAGCGAAAAAAAAACGACAUGUGCGAAGAAAAAGAAGGAGAAAAGAAAAGCAAUUUCACUUGUUUCGUGAUUGUCUUGUGGGCGAAAGAGGAACGGGUUGUCUUACCAGACGCGAUGAAGUAUGGAAUACGAUAUCAAGCGUACCGCAAUUAAUGAAUAUGGCAGUCUGAGAAGUACAGAGACAACUGUUGCUCCUCAGUUGAAUCAACAACUCAGGACAGGUCCUGGAUGUAAAACAGAUAUAUUCUGUUAUAACUUUCACAACCAAGACGUACAUCAUAAAUCGACAAUCACCUGCAACGUCAUCGCUUACGACCGGCAUGUGUGACGUAGGAAGACAGUCAGGUUAUAGAUCACUUAGGUUAAGUGUAUAACGGAAGUCUUGUGGUACACGGUGCAUGAACGAAACUCUCACAAUCUUUUUAGAAUUGUAACUUGGAUUAUUGGCUCGAAAUUGUGUUCUCCUUUCAUUUAGCCUUUAGUGCUCUGUUUGAUCGUAUUUCUGGUUUUCAAAGACUGAAACCACUGAUAUUCCGCUGAUUAUUUUGUCGCUUAAUAGCAUAAGAUGUGGAAACAUACUUUUU